AUUUUAUGUUAUAUUUAUAAAACUAAUGAUAAAAAAUAAAUACAAUUAUUUUGUAUAUAGAGAAAUGUCACUAUACACUAUAAAACUAAUAAUAAAAUAUAUGUAAUUAUAAAAUAUACAUAUAAAAUAACUAAAAAAAUUAUAUAUUAAUUCAACCGUCCGACCACUGGUCUGACCAGUAGCUUCACCGGUUCGAUGACAGAUUCGGUUUUCAAAACUUGGUUUUAUCCAACCUACUAACCCAAGUCCAAGGCUUGACCUAACAUGAAAUUCAAAAUGGUGCAGCUGAUUUUUCCUCAUCAUCAAAAAGAAAAAAAAAAAAGUGUUUAAAAAAACAUUUAUAUUAUUUUGUACAAUUCAAAGGAGAGGUGCCCACUGAACAUUUCAUCACCGCAAAGGCAAAAAUCAUGCGUAGAAAAAUUCCAAGGUUUUGGCUGACUUUUGCCAUCUAUCACAAACUAGAGUCCCCUUUAAAGAAUUUGGCUGAUCACACUUUUGAAACUUUUAAGGACACAGUUGCCAAACCCAGUUACUUUUUCCAUGUUCCUUUUUCUUGCCCCAGCAUCUUAAUCAACAGUUAGGAGCCAUGAAAUAAUUGCUACAACAACCUUUCAAGAUUCCUAAUUCAUCAAUAAUUACCAGUAGAAAUUAUUUGAUGAUAUGACCAAGUGAGAUAGAAAAAUGGAGAAUCAAGCUGAGAAAGUGUAUGUAGCAGUUGGAGCAGAUUGGUAUGAUGGUUUUACCACUUUGCAAUGGGCACUAAAAAAAUGGUCUAAUGAUGAGAUCAGUAUAGUCAUUCUUCAUGCAGCAAACACUAUAUGCAAAGACUACGUUUACACACCCAUUGGGAAACUCCCCACAAGUUCUGUGAAUGAAGAGAAAGUAAAAGUUCUUGAAAGGAUUGAGGAUGCCAAUAGGGAUAAAAUCUUAUCUCAGUACAUAGCCGCUUGUGGCGAGGUCAAGGCAGAGGUGAUGCAAAUUGAGAAUAGUGAUCAGGAGCCAUUACACAAACAAAUUUUGGAAAUAAUAUCGAGUUUCCGAAUAACCAAAUUAGUCCUGUCACUCGGUUUCAUGAAAUAUUCUUCCUGGAAAUCGAGAACGAGAACCGCAACUAACAGCUCGUUCUACGUGGUCCGCCACAAGCCUGAAUUUUGCGAUCUGUUUGUGAUAUGUGGAGGGAGAUUAGUUUUCCUGAGAGGAGAAAAUGAUGAAGAAGGGUAUAUAGAAGAUGAUAGAGGAUCUAUUCUUGCCAAGCUUAAAGAAAAGAAUUACAGCAUAAGAAAUUGGCUGGGAAAAAUAGUAUGGCCUGAAGAUGGUGUGAAUUAUUCAAAUAAUCCUCCAGAUUCACCUUCCUCCUCGAGAAGCCACGACUCGACUCAACAGUGGGAGAAAAUCGGUCUAGAGAUUGAACAUUAUGCCAACAAAUUGUUGUCUUUGCAUAAAGAGGAAGGAGAGUUUGAUGGGGCAAAUGCAAUAUUGAAGGAAUAUUCUACUGAGCUAUGUAUACCAGAAAAUAUGGAUGCAGCAGAAAGAAUUCAUGCUCUCAAAACCAGGAUACAAAACGCUCGAGACAUGAUCGAGUUUAACAGAAAGCACACGAAUGUCGCCAAAGAAAGGCGCGAGAAAGCAAAAUGGGCAAUAAGUAUAUGCAACACCAGGGCCGAAGAGCUUGAGGACAACCUAAAUGAAGAGAUUGCGAAAGCUGCCGAUCUAAACAAAGAAAUAGAGAGCAGAAAAGAAGAGAUUUACGAACUCGAGUGUGAAGUGGAGCAAAAGAGAAGCAAGCUCAGCUCGAUUCUUGAGCUACAAAAUGAACUCACGAGCAAACUCCACAUGUCGUCCUCAGCCAGAGCGCGUGCAGAGGCCCAACUAGAGAAAGCAGCGCAAGCAAGAGCUGAAAUGAUUGAGGAAAUCGAGAAACUGAGAAAACAAAGGGUUAUUUUGCAACGGCGGAUAGAGUUCUGUAAGGAAAAGGAUGCAAUUGGGGAAGUAUCAAAGUCGAUCGGCCUUGGUUUCGAUUUCAGGGAGUUCUCUGGAGCCGAAAUUAAAGAAGCCACGCAAGACUUUUCCGAACAUUUGAGAUUGAAAUCUGGAGGUCGGUCGACAGAUGUUUGGAAGGGUCGGAUCAAUCAUAUAAUGGUUGCUGUUAAAAUUUACAAUUCCGCAAAUGAAGAGUCAUUGGCAUCCAAGGUGAAACUUCUUAACCAAAUUAGGCACCUGAACGUACUAGCCGCGAUUGGCUUCUGCACUGAGCUAAACUGCAUCGUGUACGAGCACGCACACAACGGUACCCUUUCGGAUGCACUAUUUUCGACUGGUCAAGGCAGUAAAAACAAGAAUCCUGGUCUAACUUGGUAUGACCGAAUACGAAUUGCAGCUGAAAUCUGCUCAGCCUUAGGAUACCUCCACAGGGUCAAGCCUAAGCCGAUCAUCCAUGGAAACUUAAAACCCUCCAAAAUCCUCCUUGACAGGAAUAACAUUGUGAAAAUCAACUGCUUGAGGGACCCCUGGUCGCACUACGAGCUCGGGAUCAAAUUAGACGUGCGGGCUUUCGGGAAGUUAGUGGUGCAGCUCCUAACAGGUGAGAAUUGGUCUGAUACAACAGAUAAUGCGGGCCUAGACCAAUCAGCCGGGCCUUGGCCCAUGGAUUUGGCUAUGGAACUUUGCAGCAUUGCAAAGAAGUGCCUGUCGGAUGAGGGAAUGGCUAAAAUGCCGACCAGAGAGAUCAAUGAUGUAAGAAAACGAGCGGAUUCGGUGGCUGCUGAUGGCGAAAGCUCUGCGACUGUUGCAGAGGAGAGUGCUGACGUGGGGGACUUGAGCAACGUACCUAGUGCAUUCAUUUGUCCUAUCUAUCAGGAUGUCAUGAGAAAUCCUCAUCUUGCUGCGGACGGAUUUUCGUACGAAUUGGAAGCCAUUGACGAGUGGCUCAAAACGGGACAUGACACCUCACCAGUGACUAACUUAAGGCUGACUCACAAACUAUUAACUCCAAACCAUACUCUGCGGUCGGUAAUCCAGGAUUGGCAGAAUAAAGGACCAUCCAGCAAUAACUGACUGAUUAUAUUUGAAUUGCAGGCCACAAAUCAAAGGCCUUCUUCCUCUUAAGAAUAAACUCAUUCUCAAGGCCUUAGUUUCUUCUCUAGAACAAAAACUAGGAGUCAUAUAUGAUGCAACACAAAACUAGAAGUCAAUUUCCAGGCCUUAGUCGUAUUUGGAGCAUAAAAAACUAUGUCAUACAUGAUGUCACACAAAGACUUGUAUACUCACAAAAAUACUUGUUAAACUUGAACUAAGAACAACAUGCUUCAACAGAUGCUCGGUGAGUGAUUAUAAUUUUUAGGACUAUUUAUUGAUAUACAUUAUAUUCUUACAGAAAAAAUAACAGAAGUACCGUUAAUGAAAUUUUGUAUGUUUGUCCUACGAUCCCUUGAUUGACUAUAUCUCAAUUUUCAAUUAGCC